GCCGUCGCAGCUCCCCAGUCACCAUGAUGAUGGGCCUUUGUUCUUUUUUUUAUUCCUCUGAAGGUACACAAGAUCCCGUUUUCUAAUCCUUUCGUUCUUUUUUUGUUUAUUUCCAACCUCUCCUCUCGCCCCCCAGCUCUCUGGCUUCCGCAGCUGGUUGCGUUUGCAAGCCAGUACUGUCUCUUCUGACACACACACACACCACACACACACACACACACACACACACACGUAGACAAAAGGCCAGAGCUGCCUGUCGAACACUGCCCCCUUUUUCCUUUGCAUCUGCGAAGACACAGGGUGACCCACAGGACAGGAGGAAGAGAAGAAAUAAAAAACAAAAUAAUAAAACACAUACAUACACACUGAAUAUACUGAACACACACACACAGAAACAGAAUGGGGCCUGGAUGGAUCGAGAUGCAGCGUUUGCAUGGAUUUUGGAAUCAUGGAAGAUUCCCAGUAGACGAGGGAGCAAAGAGAUUUAGGGAAACACACAGGGAGAGAAAGAGAGAGAGAGAGACACAGAGAGAGAGAGAGACAGUGCACGAUGCUCGUCGUUUCUGGCUUCUUUUCGGCUUCCAUUUCCAUCUUAACGCCAUCCAUCCAUCCAUAUAAACCCAUUCCCGAGCCUGGCGCGUGCAUGUUCACUGUCCACGAGCGUUCACGUCUGUUUUUCAGGCCUAGUCCUUUCUUCAGAGGAGCACUCGAGGUCUCGGGCCAUGAAAACUUCAUCCAUGUUUAACGUAGAUGACGUCAGGAAUGACUUUGAGAUGCAUUUGCUUGUAUUUCAGCAUUUAUUUUCAGUAAUUGUGUGUAAUCCUAUCUACAGGUCACACCAGGAUCAUCGACACUCGAUGUUUCAUGACAUCACGGUUUCUGGCAAUAAAAAAAAUCUGACCUAACAUGACUAUCUUGACAGGAAUGUUCCAGUUCUGACGGAAAUGUGUGUGUGUGUGUGUGUGUGUGAGUGUGUGUGAGUGUGUGUGAGUGUGUGUGUGUCCUGCGAGGCUGCACUGCAGCACACACAUUAUGUGAGGGGACCGGAACCGGUUGAAACCGGUUUGAGGCAGAUGAGGAACAAUGCAGUCACUGUGCUACAGGGCAGAUAGCAAGGCUUUAAAAAAGAAAAUAGGGAGCAAAAGAAGCCUGAGUGCAUGUUACCAGGGUCAUGUCAGGGUUUCAUACCGUACUCCUUCUCAUCGCAGGUUCCUGCAUGUUCGAGACAGGGCCGGAUAGCACGAGCAGCCAUGAUGGAGGAGGGAAAAGUCACACGUUAGCAGCUUUUUUUUGGGUCACGAUAUCACAAUCAGUGUGGCUGCCCGGGCCGAGCUGCUGUUUGUCAGGCGUAAUGUGACCCAUGAGUGCUGCGAGGGAAAGUGGGAUUUUUUCAGUGGAGAGAGAGCGAGAAAGGAAGGAAGGAAGGAAGAAAGGAGGGAAGGAGGGAGGGAGGUAUUUGGUGGUGGCAGAGGGUGAGAGAGUGGUGUGUUUGAGGGGGAGGAAGGAAGGAAAGAAGGAUGAAAGGAGGUUGUUUUGCAGUAAAAAUGGUCGGAAGCGAGGGGUUUUAGCUCAUUUUCAUAAGACCAUGGGCGACAUGAAAACCCCGGACUUUGAUGAUCUACUUGCGGCCUUUGACAUUCCUGAUAUGGUCGACCCCAAGGCCGCUAUCGAAUCCGGCCAUGAUGACCACGAGGGACAGCUCAAACAAAACGUCCACCAUGAUGAGGACUCCCACGUUCCCUCGAUGCAAGAUGUCGGAGUGAGCGUCAUUGUCAAGAAUGUUCGAAACAUUGACGCCAACGAUCACUCACUUUCAGACAAAGAUAUCCAUUCCUCAGUUGGAAACGGAAUGCACAACGGGUUCAUGGCCAUGUCGCCUAACAACCGGUUUAGCAAAGAUGGUGACAAGCUUCAAAAAGGUGGAAAUCAUGGAACAGAAGUGACUGGCUCCAGGUAUAACCAGUUCAGUCCCAUUUCCAGUGCCGAUGAGUUUGAUGAUGAUGACAAGAUUGAAGUAGAUGACCCUUUGGACAGGCAAAACAAUUUACCUUGUUUCAGACCAAAUCCUCUUACAGGACUUAGCUCUAAGCGAGAGGAGCUUUCUUCUAACCUUUCAGGCAAUGGUCCAUCUAAGAUGGGAACUAAUGGCAAUUAUAGCCAUUCGAAAACUGAAAACACUAAUACCAAUGGUACUUUAGGAAACCCAAAUGCCUAUGAUCCUCCAAAACUGAGAAAAACAGAGGACCAUCUCAAAGAGGUACUCAAUGGCCAAGACGGAAAAGAAGCACGGGAGCCAGUUGUUGGGUUGAGUAUUACCAACCUGUCUCAAGCCAAGGCUAAAUCAUCUGCCAAGCUCUCAUCCUGCAUUGCUGCUAUUGCUGCUCUUAGUGCAAAAAAGGCCAGCACAGACUUGACAGCUGCUGAACCCACUGUUAAUAAACAGGACUCUCCAAAAGAGGCUAAGGAGAGUCCAAAGGCAACAGAAAAGAUCCCAGAGCAAGAGUCAGCCCUGGAGCUUGCCAAGAAAAUGCUUUCUAAACAGCCCGAGAGUCCUUGUAGUGUUUCCAGCGAGAACAGCAGCAAAGGGUCUCCAUCAUCCCCUGCGGGAUCCACCCCUGUCAUUCCUAAAGUGCGCAUUAAAACCAUCAAGACAUCUUCAGGCCAGAUCAAGAGGACUGUCACCAGGGUGCUGCCAGAGUUUGACCCUGAAGGUCUGAAGAAGGGUAUCGACUCCGGAUCCAUUGUGGUAUCUUCCUUCUUGUCUUCCCCCACAUCAAACUCUGUUUUGUCAUCUCCUACCCGAACAGCACUCCCUACCACUGUGGUAGCGACUUCUGGAGGUUCAACCAUUGAAGUCACGAAGCAAAUGACCAUCAAGCCUGUUGCUACUGCCUUCCUACCGGUGUCUGCAGUAAAAACUGCCGGUUCCCAGGUAAUCAACUUAAAAUUGGCCAACAAUACAACAGUAAAAGCCACAGUCAUACCUGCUGCGUCUGUUCAAAGUGCCAGCAGUGCCAUCCUCAAAGCUGCCAAUGCUAUUCAGCAGCAAACAGUUGUGGUACCUGCUUCCAGCCUCGCCAACACCAAACUUGUGCCAAAGACUGUCCAUCUUACCAACUUGAACCUCCUGCCCCAAGCUGCAUCAGCCUCCGAGCUCCACCAGGUUCUGUCUAAACCCCAGCAACCCAUCAAACAAGCCAUGAUAGCCAGCCAACCUCCUAAGAAAGUGUCCCGUGUGCAAGUGCUGGCCAGUUCACAGAGUUCAGUUGUUGAGGCCUUCAACAAGGUCUUGAGCAGCAUCAACCCUGUGCCGGUGUAUGUUCCCAAUCUUUGCCCUCCUUCCUCAGCGUGUAUUUCGUUACCAUCCCGUGGCUAUAAAUGCCUCGAGUGCGGUGACUCCUUUGCUCUUGAGAAAAGUCUAACUCAACAUUAUGACAGAAGAAGUGUUCGUAUUGAAGUCACGUGCAACCACUGCUCCAAGAACUUGGUCUUUUACAACAAGUGCAGUCUCCUAUCCCAUGCCAGAGGACACAAAGACAAAGGGGUGGUCAUGCAGUGUUCCCACCUUAUCUUAAAGCCCAUACCAGCUGAUCAGAUGAUCUUGGCCCCGUCGGUGACCUCUAGCGCCCCCAUUUCAACUACAGUUCACGGUUCUUCUGCAGGAAAUCAGGGGAAAAGUGAAACAACAGUGAUCUCAGCACCUUCUUCAGCUCCUGUAGUGGCUGCCAUGCCCCUGGAUGAAGAUGCUUCUCGAGUGUGUCGAUCGAAUCUCAAGUGCUUGGAGUGUAAUGAGGUGUUUCAAGAAGAGUCGUCUCUGGCCAUGCACUAUCAACAGGCUGCUGAGUCGAGUGGACAAAAAACCUGCACCAUCUGCCAAAUGCUGCUGCCAAACCAGUGCAGCUUCGCCUCUCAUCAGCGAAUCCAUCAGCACAAGUCUCCGUACAUCUGCCCAGAGUGCGGCGCCAUCUGUCGCUCCGUCCAUUUCCAAUCCCAUGUCACCAAGAACUGCCUGCACUACACGCGCCGAGUGGGCUACCGAUGUGUCCACUGUAGCGUGAUCUUUGCUGAUGUUGCUGCUCUCAAGUCACAUACCCAGGGCUCCCACUGUGAGAUCUUCUACAAAUGCCCUAUCUGCCCCAUGGCCUUCAAAUCUGCUCCGGGCACUCACUCCCACGCCUACACUCAGCACCCGGGUGUGAAGAUCGGAGAGCCUAAGUUGAUCUACAAAUGCUCCAUGUGUGAUACAGUCUUCACCCAGCAGAUUCUGCUCUACACACACUUUGACCAGCACCUUUCCAGUCAGAAAGUGUCUGUCUUCAAAUGUCCGGACUGCUCCAUGCACUACGCCCAAAAGCAGCUCAUGCUGGAUCAUAUUAAGUCAACACACGGGACGCUGAAGACCAUCGACGGUCCCCCGAACCUCGGCAUUAAUCUACCGCUCAGCAGCAAGCCGAUCAACUCCCUGACCCCGAACUCCAACAGCAAAGACUUGGGUCCUGUAAACAGCCUGGACAAAGGGGACAAGAAGCCCCUGUCUCCUGUGAAGAAACCCGGUAACGGGACUGACAUUCACAAAAAGCCCGUCUCGUCAUCCGUGUCGUCCUCGUGUCCUGGCUGGACGUGUAAGGAGUGUGAUCGUCUCUUCACACAGAGAGAAGUCUUCAUCGCUCAUAUGAAGAGAGAGCAUGGGAAGCAACUGAAGAAACAUCCGUGUCGUCAGUGCGACAAGUCGUUUAGUUCCUCACACAGUCUCUGCAGACACAAUCGGAUCAAACAUAAAGGCGUUCGGAAAGUUUACUCCUGUCCUCACUGUCCGGACUCCAAACGCACUUUCACCAAGAGGCUGCUGUUGGAGAAACACAUCCAGCUGAUGCACGGCAUUAAGGAAGCGGAGAGAAAGUCAGUGGUGGAGUCCAGCAGCACGGAGGAGUCCACUGUUAAAGAGCAGGUACGCAGUCCCAAACGAAAGCUCAACUCUGACGGUGAGGACGCCGAAGAAGAGGAAGAGGAAGAAGACGAGGAAGAGCGACGUGAGGGGAUUCCCAGCCACGAGCGCACGGGCUCCUCGUGCCCUCAGCCCAUGAAGAAGCUGAAGGUGAGCGUGUUAAAGACUCACAGAUGCGCCGUGUGCAGCUUCUCCACCACCGAGCUGCCGCUUUUCCAGAAGCAUCUCCCGUCGCACAAGACAGACGGCUCGUCACACCAGUGCUCCGAGUGCGGCCUGUGCUACACGUCGCGCCACUCGCUCGCGCGACACCUCUUCAUCGUGCACAAGAUGAAGGAGCCUCCAAGCGCCGAGCAGCAGGAGAACGCUCCGAACGUGCCGGACACGCAGUGCAGGGUGUGCGGCAAGACGUUCGACACGGAGCCGGCUUUAAACACACACAUGCGCACGCACGGCAUGGCCUUCAUCAAAUCCAAGAGACUGAGCGCAGCUGAGAAGUGAGAGUUUUACAGAAAUCUGAUAUCUGUCUCAAACACGAAUAAAGAACCACGUUUGAGACGGAACCGACCUUCAUAAUCAGAGAGACUCAGAUACGCAACUAGAAAAACGUGGAAAAACAGGAAAAGUGCCGGGCUCUUAUGGAAAUGUGAAAACGGGAGACGUGCAGAAAAACACGCCUUAAACACAUACACGCACACGUGGGAAAAUACGUUGUUGUUUUUCCUAGAAAUGUGAAAACGUGGACAGAAGGUGGACCAUGGAGACGUUAUACGUCUCGCUCCUGCAUCUCUGUACGCCUCACGUAUAUACGACUUAUAUAUAAAUACACAUAUAUAUGAGAAAUGUAUAAAUAUAAAUAAGCACACUUGUGUGUUUGAGGAUAUGUAAUAUAUUGAAAGUGGAAUUAUGUGUAUUUAAAUAUCUAUGAAAAACGCAUUUUGUACACUUUAUGAUAGAUGUUUGUAUGGAUGUCCAAUAGAUCUUUUAUACGGCAGAAGUUUUAUUUUCUAUUAGACCCGUCUCGUCCUUAUGUUCUCGAGCGAGCCAAAUGUGUGGAAACCUAGUCGUCUUCACCAGGUUCCAAACUUGUUCACUCGGCUUAAGCUGGAAUUCAUUUCGAGCUCCUUUAUUAAGCUGUUCAUUCAGAUUUGAAAGAAGUUUUAGAUAGAAUUUUACCGCAAACGUAUUCAAUAAGCAAAGACAUGUUUGGUAUCUGCAAACCUCAUCACACUCACCUCACAAACACCAUCUGCACAUUUCAGAAAAUAUCAGUCUGUUUUAUCAUCUGAAUCACUUCUGACCUACAAUUCAGCCUUCAGAAUUUAGGCCACGCCCCCUGCCCGUGUCGGACGCUGGUGCGGACUGAUGCCAAGCUAGAGUCGGUGACUUGAGUCUAAAGGUUACGUCAAUAUUUAUGCAGGAAAAUUUCUCAAAAUCGUAAUGUGUGUGUGGGAUGUAGGUGAUUUUAUCACACUUUUAAUUUGCUAUUUUUAUUUUUCAGAUUAAUAAAACGAUGCCUCCGUUUGUGUUAACGGAAAAUGUAUUCACAGUUUGAAGGAUAAGCUGACCAAGCACUCAUCUGAUAUGCUUAUAGAGAAGCUUUAAGUUCAUUCAUAAUUUUAUUCUUUUAAAUUAGUGCUUGGUCUCUAAUUAAGAUGCAUUUCCUCCAACUCUCCUUCGAUAUUUCUCUAUUAAAUAUUGGCUUCAAAUGGCAUUCCAUAUUGUUUUUGAGUGUAUUUACAGCCAAAACGUAAAUUUCAGAGUGUGGUUACUUCGAACUGUCAGACAAUGGCGCUGGCUAUCGAGCUGAUAUCACACAAGAAAAAUGUGUGUAAGUACAAGGUCGGAAUGAGGUGUAACUGAGACAUACCUGUGUUUUAGGCGAAGUCCGCUCUGUUUGUAACUCUUGCGUAUUUGCGUAAAGUUACCUCUGAGGUGUGAAUACUGCUGUGUAUUUCAGUAUUAAAUCCUCACUGUGCGCUUAACUCAGCUCUGAAUACUCUGAAUGCAGCCUUUUAGUAAAAACUAAAGAAGCAGCCUUCAGACACCAAACAUGUCUCCUCAGAUUGACUGCAUUUGUUUUUUCUUUUUUUUUUUUUUUUUUUUGGACUAAACUGUUUACUUUAUUUCAUCAUUCUUAUUUGCUUCCAUGACUUUUUAGAUUUUUUUAUGAUUGGAACACUACAGAUAACAGAUAUUUUAGCACUUUCAGCCACUGCCAGAGGACCAUAUCAAACCCAUGUGUCUUAGCAUCCGUCUUUUCUGAGAGCUCGUUUCUGAGUUAGAUUUCAUAUCACAGCUUUUUUCUGUGUUCAUAUCAAGCAGCACCAUGCUGGGUUUUUUUGCCUUUUAUUUCCUUUAGUCUUAAUUUUCAUUGUUUCAUCAGGAACUGUUGAAAUACAGACGCAGGGCAAAAUACUGCAUUUAUGGUAUGUUUUAGUACUUAUGUAACCCCCAGAAAUCAGGUAAUUCUGUUCUGCCCUGCUAAUCUGGCUCAUUUCCAGUUCCCCAAAAUAAUUCUGUAGGAAAAUAUUUGCCAAAUUUCCUUUUCUGCUAAUUCACAGGCAUUUAAUUUAGCUCCGCUGCUCCGAUGACUCGGCUGGUGAUCCUAAUUUGCUUGCUUUCAAUGGAAGAAUGUGUCUAUAAACAUGAAACUGGAAUGUUUUCAAAGCAGUUAGCCGUUAGCUAAGACGUUUUUCAUCAUUUUCAACUGGUGAGACGUGAGAUAUUGUAUAAGCAAAUAAUAACAAUAAAAAAAUCUUUAUUACAGUGCUAUGUUUGUUCAGAAUUUCCACACAGGACACAGGUUGGAUGUAUUUAUGUGGUUUUUUUUUACUUUUUUGGAUAAAUGAACAUUUGUGAGAACGCGUUUGUUUGUGCAUGAGAGAAGCUGUUUUACGAUGGUCGUUUCUUAGGCUGUCUUGCUGCUGUUCAGUAGACUUGUCCGAUGUUUGUGUAAAAAAACCCACAAAAAUAGUUACUGUCAAUAAACAAUACAGAAAACAAACCUGAA